AUGAGUAAGGUAUCUGCAUACCGCGCAGCUGGCUCCGAUUCGAGUCGGAUCUCAAACAGCUAUUUUCUCUUUUCUAUUCAAAUAAAUAAUAAUAAUAAAUGCCUUUAUUUCCAAACAGUUCUCAAUAUAUAUAUAUCUGAUAUAUAUAUAUAUAUAUAUAUAUAUAUAUAUAUAUAUAUAUCAGAAGGAGAAACAUGAGUAAUAAGAAAAAAAAGGAAAAUAAAAAAAAAUAAAACAGAUGUCGACUGGCUGAAAACCACAAGGAGGAUUUUACUAUCUAGUGCUCUGCCACUCAUCCCUUGAAAUUGUAAGAAACAUUAUGCCAGUGAAUACAUCUAUCAAGCAUAUACAAACAUCAAUAUGAACAGCAUGUAAGUUUGUUAAAAAUAAGAUAUAAAAGUGAGAAACGUGGUAGUAAAUUUAAAAAAAAGAAAGUCUAGAAUAAUAUAUAUAUAUAUAUAUAUAUAUAUAUAUAUAUAUAUAUAUAUAUAUAUAUAUUAGUGGUAGACGGUAUCUGACUGUCGAACGCGGAGGUACCACCCGACGGAUUUCGUAGGCGGGGCCAGAAUGUGUGCAUGUUGCAUGCACACGUGUUCCCUCGCCAGAGUCCGUGUG